AGCAGUGUCUUUUUGCUCUCAACCAUCCCACCCUUCUCACCUCUUCAGUCAACUUCUCAACAGCAGCUCAACAUGGUGCUCGAGCACGAAGAGUUCACCAAAGCAGGCAAGAAAGCCGGCCUGCAGAUUUGGAGGAUUGAGAAUAUGGAGCUGGUCCCUGUGCCCGAGAACCUACAUGGGAGCUUUUACACAGGAGAUGCUUAUGUGAUUCUCUACACUGUCAAACAGAAAGAAAGUUCUUUUUACCACCUGCACUACUGGCUGGGAAACGAGUGCAGCCAGGAUGAGAGCACUGCUGCAGCCAUCUUCACGGUGCAGUUAGACGACCACCUGGGUGGGAAGCCAGUCCAGUACCGGGAACUGCAGGGGUUUGAGUCAACAGCCUUCACCAGCUACUUCAAAGGAGGGAUCACUUACAAAACAGGAGGUGUGGCCUCAGGUUUCUACCAUGUGGUCACCAAUGACCUUUCAGCACAGAGACUCCUGCAUGUCAAGGGUCGGCGUGUUGUCAGAGCCACCGAAGUCCCCUUCACCUGGUCCAGCUUCAACAGCGGGGACUGCUUCAUCGUUGACCUCGGAGAUAAGAUCUACCAGUGGUGUGGAUCCAAGUGUAACAAGUAUGAACGACUGAAGGCAGCACAAGUGGCCAGAGGUAUCCGUGACAACGAGAGAAAUGCCCGUGCAGAAGUGAUAGUCAUAGAAGAAGGAAGUGAGCCAUCCAGAUUAACACAGGUUCUUGGAGACAAGCCAGAACUAUCAGAAGGAGCUGAUGAUGAUGAUAUAGAGGCGGACAUGACCAACAGAAAGAUGGCUAAACUAUACAUGGUGUCUGAUGCAUCUGGAUCCAUGACAGUGACUGUUGUGAAGGAAGAAAACCCUUUCCUGCAGAGUGACCUGCUAUCAGAUGAAUGCUUCAUCCUGGAUCAUGGCAAAAACAAAACAAUAUUUGUAUGGAAAGGACAUAAUGCUAAUCCCAACGAAAGAAAAGAGGCGAUGAAAACAGCCGAGAGCUUCAUCAAGCAGAUGGGCUACCCACCAAACACACAGAUCCAGGUGCUUCCAGAAGGAGGAGAGACUCCCAUGUUCAAGCAGUUCUUCCUUGGUUGGAAGGACAGAGAUCAGAGUGAGGGUUUUGGGAAGGUGUUCACCACUGAGAAGGUAGCGAAGAUCCAGCAGGUGGAGUUUGAUGUCUCUAAACUUCAUGAGUCCCACCACAUGGCAGCUCAGUACAACAUGGUGGAUGAUGGGAGUGGAGAAACACAGAUCUGGAGGGUGGAGAGCAGGGGUAGAGUCCCAGUGGAACCUAAGAACUAUGGCCAGUUCUACGGUGGAGACUGCUACAUCAUUCUGUAUACUUACAGGAAGGGGCAGAUAAUCUACACCUGGCAGGGAGCCAGCUGUUCCGUGGAUGAGCUAACUGCCUCAGCGUUCCUGACUGUAGAGCUGGAUCGCUCACUGGGAGGAAAUGCUGUUCAGGUCAGAGUGUGUCAGGGUAAAGAACCCCCACAUCUGCUGAGUCUUUUUAAAUCUAAACCCCUCGUUGUAUAUAAGAGUGGUACAUCCCACCUUGGCCAUCAUCCUCCUCCACCUCCAACGCAGCUCUUCCAGGUCAGACGGAACCUGGGCAACAUCACCAGGAUUGCUGAGGUUGAUGCCAGUGCAGCCAACCUAAACUCUAAUGACGCCUUCUUUCUGAAGACCUCUGAUGGGCAAGGCUUUCUGUGGAUAGGCAAGGGGGCCAGUGAGGAAGAGGAAAACGGAGCUAAAAAAAUGAGUGAAGAGCUGCAGUGCAGCACCAAACGCAUCACUGAAGGACAUGAACCAGCUAACUUCUGGGAAGCAUUAGGAGGGAAGAAGGAGUACCAGACAUCAGAGAGGCUGGAGAGUCAAACUAUGACUCAUCCUCCUCGACUCUUUGGAUGUUCCAACAAAACUGGCAGAUUUGUGAUCGAGGAGGUUCCAGGAGAGUUCACACAGGAUGACUUGGCUGAAGACGAUGUGAUGCUGCUCGAUGUUUGGGAUCAGGUGUUUGUCUGGAUUGGAAAGGAUGCUAACGAGGUGGAGAGGGCUGAAUCUCUCAAAUCUGCCAAACAGUACAUCGAGACUGACCCGAGCGGCCGUGACAAGCUGACUCCCGUGGUGGUGGUGAAACAAGGCCAUGAGCCCCCCAACUUCACAGGCUGGUUCCUGGCCUGGGACCCCUCCCACUGGGACUCUAUCACCAGGAGCGUGAAGUCUCUGAAAGUUUAAAUUAUUCACAUACUGAUUCAGCCAGAAAUAUUAACCUUUUUAUUAUCAACACAAUUAUAAAUCAGAUCAGUCAUAUCCUUUGGAGACGUGUUUCCAACCUUUACCUUUCACUUUCAUUAUCAGAACGAAACUUUUCCUUUAAAGCGGUCUGUCGUUGAAUCCUUUCAAGAGAACAAUCCUGUAUUCACUGCACAUUAAGCCUCGUUCUCACACCAGCUCAAACAACUGAGUGUUUGGACCGACUCGAGCUAGUUAAGCAAUUGUAACUUCCACUUCUUGUAGAAGCUUCCUUUGAUAGCAAUCAGUAAAUAAAGACUUUAUGACACACAUAAUGUUAUGAAUGUUUGUCAGGUGAAGAGUGGGAUUUGAAAUAAAGGGAAGCUAACAGAGCUUGUCCCUGUUAGUACUCUCACUGUAGAAUUUUGGGACAUCUCGAUGAUAAAUUACAAUAGUCCAGAGUAUCAUUCUGUUGUAGGCUAGUUUUUCUUUUGUCCCUCAGCCUGUUUAAACACACCCACAGUGCAGGCAGUAACACAUAAAGGGGAAAAAGAAAAAGCAC